GCUGCACCGGAGCCUGGACGCAGCCGCGGCCACUUCCUGAAGGCGGACGGACACUUCCUGGAAGAAAGGAGGCGUCCCCACCCCCAAACCCAGGGCCCUGCCUCUCUCUGCUCAGCUGGGCUCACCACGACCCCCCUCAGGCCCCACCGCCUGCCGUCCAGUCCAGGGCUGCAUCUGGGGGCCCACCCAGCCGCGCCAUCCGCUCCCCCACCCCGGCUGCGGGGACCACAUCGUGGGGUGCGGUGGGAAGGGGGGCGCAGCGCCUCCCCGCCUGCCUUCUGGACUCCCGCGCGCGCGCUUGGUUCAUUCAUUCAUCCCCCCACCCCCCGGGAGUGCUUCCCCCACUCCCGCGGGCCUCGGGCGCCGCCCCCUGCCCGGCCCGCGCCCCUGCGCCCCCUUCCCGGGCCGAGCGGUGACCUUGGCCGUGGGCGCGGGUCCCCGGGGAGCAGGGGCGGAGCGCGGCGCCCGGCGGGCGGGGACGGGCGGGGACGCGCGGGCGCGGGGGGCGGCGGCGCCGGAGCGGACACGGAGUCGGCGGCAGCCGCAGGACGCGCGCCCAGGGUUUCUCUGGGGUCCCAGCCUCCGGUCCCGGCCCCCCCACCGCCGCCGCGCCCGUCUGGAAGAUGCCGGAGCAGAGCAACGACUACCGCGUGGUGGUGUUUGGCGCCGGCGGCGUGGGCAAGAGCUCCCUGGUGCUGCGCUUCGUGAAGGGCACCUUCCGGGACACCUACAUCCCCACCAUCGAGGACACCUACCGGCAGGUCAUCAGCUGCGACAAGAGCGUGUGCACGCUGCAGAUCACCGACACCACGGGGAGCCACCAGUUCCCGGCCAUGCAGCGGCUGUCCAUCUCCAAGGGCCACGCCUUCAUCCUGGUCUUCUCGGUGACCAGCAAGCAGUCGCUGGAGGAGCUGGGCCCCAUCUACCGCCUCAUCGUGCAGAUCAAGGGCAGCGUGGACGGCAUCCCCGUCAUGCUGGUGGGCAACAAGUGCGACGAGACGCAGCGCGAGGUGGACACCCGCGAGGCGCAGGCCGUGGCGCAGGAGUGGAAGUGCGCCUUCAUGGAGACGUCGGCCAAGAUGAACUACAACGUCAAGGAGCUCUUCCAGCAGCUGCUCACGCUCGAGACGCGCCGCCACAUGAGCCUCAGCAUCGACGGCAAGCACGCGGGCAAGCAGAAGCGGACAGAGCGCCUCAAGGGCAAAUGCGUCCUCAUGUGAGCCCGCCCACCCGCCCGCGGACGCCCGCCCCGCCCCGGCCACGCCCUGGCCACGCCCCUCGGCCACCUCCGUCUCCCUCCUCCCUCCUGCUGUCUCCCUCCUCCCUCUUCUCCCUCCUCCCCACCGUCCUCCUCUCCCUCCUCCUGCCUUUCCCUUAUCCCUCCUCUACCUCCUCCCUCCUCUCCCUCCUCCCUCUUCUCCCUCCUCCUCUUCUCCCUCCUCCCCCUCGUCCUCCUCUCCCGACUCCCCGACUCCCUCCUCUCCCUCCUCCUGCCUUUCCCUCAUCCCUCCUCUCCCUCCUCCCUCUUUCCCUCCAUUCUCCCACCUCCUCCUCCCUCCUCCCCACCUACCCACUUCCUUUCUUUCUCCCUCCUUCCCGUCCUCUCCUUUCUCCUUUCUCUCCCUCUUCCCUCUCCUCAUCCUUCCUCCCCUCCUCCCUUUUCCUCCUCCUUCCUCACAUCCCUUCCUUCCUCCCUCUCCUCCUCCUUCCCCGCCUUUUCCCUCCUUCUCCACCUCUUCUUCCUUCUCCUUUCCCUCCUCCUCUCCUCCCCUCCUCCUCUUCCUCCUCCUCCUUCCUUUCCUCUUUUUUUUUUUCUUUUUGGGUCACACCCAGCGAUGCUCAGGGGUUACUCCUGGCUCUGCACUCAGGAAUUACUCCUGGCGGUGCUUGGGGGACCCUAUGGGAUGCUGGGAAUCGAACCCCGGGUUGGCCACGUGCAAAGCAAAGGCCCUACCCACUGUGCUAUGGCCCCAGCCCCCUCCUCUCCUCCUUCUUCCUCCCACCCCCUCCACUUUCCUCCCCUCUCCCUCCUCCCGAGACUCCUCCCUUUUCUCCUUCAAGGCUCCACCUCCCUUGCUCCUCCUCCUCCUCCUCCUCCUCCCUUUCCUUUCCCUCCCUUGCAGGCUCCUCCCUCCUCCUUCCUCCCCUCUUCCCUCUCCUCCCUCCUCCUGUGGCUCCUCCCCCUCCUCCUCCCCUUCCUCCCUCUGCUUCUUCCUCUUAUGGCUCCUCCCUCCUCCUUCUUCCUCCCUCUCCUCCUUUAUCCUCCUCCCCUCCCCCCUCCUCCUCUUCCUCCACCUGCCAUCUUCCCUCCUCCUCCUCCUCCUCCUCCUCCUCCUCCCCGAUCUCCUCUCCCAGGGAAACUGAGGCCCAGGGAGCCCACACCUGGCCCUUUCACAUCUUUCCCCCUUCCUCAGUCCCCUGCCCACCGUCCCCUCCUGCCUGUACAUGCCCCUAAAAUCCAGUGUGGGGGGGCGUGUGCAAGAGCUGACCAGAGAAGCUGCCAGCAGAUACUGGGUUUGGCCCAGCUCUGCGGUGCCAUGCCGCCCUCUGUCUCUUCCCCUGGGGAGCCCCCCAGCCAGACCUGCGCCCCCACAUUAGAUCACUGUGACCUGCUGAGGGGUGUCCCUGCACGCGGCCUCAGCAGGUGUGAGUCUCCUCAGCGGCGUGGACACCCGCCGCCUCCAUGCACCUCCCCUGACCUUGGGCCUCUCGCCCCGGGGGGGCCUCACUAUUUCCCCACCUGCCCUUCCCCACAUCUUUGGGGGAGGGGCUCACGGGACUGGCCUCAGGUCACCAGGCAAUAACCACGGGGUCUGCAGCUGCUCCCCACCAGCCCCGAGCCCCACUGAACUUGGGGGGGUCCAGGACUGGCCGAAAGCCGGAGCACAACUCGGGGGACGGUCCGGCUCCUAAAUGUGGGGGGGUGGCACCGCCUCCGCUGCCCGCCUGGACGCAAGCUCCUUCCAUCAAGAGAGAGACUGGCCUCGCGGACACUGAGCCCCGGACAGGGGCCUGGGGUGCUGGGGGGGGGAGUGGAGGGGGAGGGGCGUCCAGUACUGCCCGCUGAAUGUGAGGGGCUCAGGGCAGAAGCGCUUCCUCGCCCCGGUGCCGCGGGGAGAGCGUUAGUGCUUUGGUAAUGCGGGGACACGUGUAGGGGGCUGGGGGAGGGGGUCCGUGUGUGUGUGUGUGUGUGUGUGUGUGUGUGUGUGUGUGUAUUUGCAGCGAGAAGAGGUUGGCAGCAUCUGAGUGCCUGUGUGCGUGGGGGCCGGGGUGAUGGCAUGGCAGGUGGGGCUCUGGCGGACACAGGGAAUGUUGGGGAGCCUUUGUCACGUUUGGGGGGGUGCCCAGCACUCUAAGCGUGCAAUGCUGCUCAGUGCCCACCCAGCCCCACUGCCCGGGCCAAGCAGGAGCGGCCUAUGGACGAUGACCAGCCCCAGUGCCCCCCCGUUGGCUGGCGGGGGCAAAGGUGUCCAGUAAGAGGCCGGAGGGACAGGACAGCGGGGAGGCGCCGGCCUUGCAAGGGGCAGACCCAGGUUCGAUCCCAGGCAUCCCACAGGGUCCCCCGAGCCCCGCCGGGAGUGAUCCCUAAGCACAGAGCUAGGAGUCAGGUCUGAGCGUUGCUGGGUGAUGGACCUCCCUAAAUAAGAGUGUGUGCAUGUGUAUGAACGUGCAUGGGCACACAUGUGAGUAUUGUGAACAUGUGUGUGCACGUGUGACCAUGUGUGCAUGGUGAACCUAUAUACGCACUGGGAGCAUGUGUGUGCACGUGUGAACAUGUGUGCAUGUGUGAACGAGGUGUGCAUGCAACACGAUAGGUGGCUGGUGGUGUCUAAGAGUGUGUGUGUGUGUGUGUGUGUGUGUGUGCAUGUGCGUGCGUGUGUGCGUGUGUCCCUGAGCUCCUGUGACAGUAUGUGACGGGGAUGGGCUGUGGUGAGCUGCAGGCAUGAAUCACUUCUGAAGGUCAGCCCAAAGCCUGGCUGCACCCCGGCUGUGUCGGGACACGGGCACCUACCGGCUAGGAAUAAGUCAGGGUGAGGGGCCCCGCGCCGCUCCUGGGGGCCAGUGUUUCGGGCAGGCGGCAAGAGCCCUGUGCCCCUGGGCCCUGCCCGCAGCAGACGCUCAGCAGAAGACCACAGAGGGGCCAGGCCCUCGCCCCGCUUCCCCUCGUGCAGCGGGACACUUCCAGCUGGCUGUUCCCCUGCUCCCCCUGAUGGCCACAGCACCAUUUUCGGGGCAGCUGGCAACACUCUGAUAGAGGGAGCUGCGCGUGUAUGUGUCAGUGUGUGUUUAUAUGUGUGUCUGUAUUUCUACAUGUGUCUCGGUGUGAGUGUGGGCAUAUAUAUAUGAAUGUGUGUUUCUGUGUGUGUCUAUGAAUUUCUACGUAUGUCUCGGUGUGAGUGUGGGCAUAUAUAUAUAUAUAUGUAUGUAUAUAUAUAUAUAUAUGAAUGUGUGUUUCUGUGUGUGUGUGUGUGUCAGUGUGUCUGUGUGAAUCUCCGUGGAGGCAGGCAUAUUUGUGUCUGUGUGUGUCUGAGUCAGUCUCUGUGUAUGUGUGUGUAUAUGAGUGUGUGUGUGUGUCUGUGUAUGCGUGUGUGAGUGUGUCUCUGCGUGAGUGUCUGUGAGUGUUUGUGUGUCCGUCUGUCUGAGGGUGACCAGCUGAGCUGAGCCUCUGAUCCAGGCCCCCCUGCCACUUGAGGUGCCCCACCCCUGGGAGUGGUUCCUGAGGGGGAAGCUGCCCGGUGGGGGGAGGGGGCUGGGCGGGGUCUGCGGCCCUUUCUCAGGGAUACACCCUGAUAGCACAAUCUCCCUGGGGCCUGUCUCCAGGCCUCUCCUGUCCCGGGCCCUGCCCCCACCCUGGGAAAGGGAGGUUCACACGGGUGGUGGGGAGCAGGGCCUGCCCCAGCUGCUGGCCCGUUCGUCCUGCUACGACACCCUGGUUCUGGGGACCCAGCCAGACCAAGCUUGCUGUGUCUGCCCCUGCCCGGCCCCUGCCGCAUGUGGGUGCCCCCCGCCCCCCCACCCGGGGGGGUCUGUGUUGCAUUGACUCUAGACAUAGUCUCCUGCAAUAAAGACGCGGGUUCUCACCAGCA